GUGGAGUUGCUGAUUGAAAAUGAAGCAGAGAAGGAUUACCUGUAUGAUGUCCUCCGCAUGUAUCACCAGUCGAUGGAUUUGCCAGUGCUGGUGGGGGACCUAAAGCUAGUCAUCAAUGAACCGAAGCGCCUGCCUCUGUUUGACGCCAUCCGACCUCUGAUCCCUCUCAAACACCAGGUGGAGUACGACCUGCUUACCCCGAAGAGGUCACGGAAGCUGAAAGAGGUGCGUUUGGAUCGGACUCAUCGUGAUGGACUGGGUCUGAGUGUCCGAGGAGGGCUGGAGUUUGGCUGUGGUCUCUACAUAUCACAGAUUGUCAAAGAUGGUCAGGCUGGGAAUGUUGGCCUUCAGAUCGGUGAUGAGAUUGUGCGCAUCAAUGGAUACUCAAUCUCCUCCUGCAUCCACGAGGAGGUCAUCAGUCUCAUCAAGACGAAGAAGAUUGUGUCACUCAAAGUCAGGCAUGUGGGGAUGAUCCCAGUGAAAAGCUCAUCUGAUGAACCCCUAAAGUGGCAGUUUGUCGACCAGUAUGUGUCUGAGUCAGGGGAGAAAAAAAACAGCAUUGCAGGCUUGGCAUCGAUUGGAGGCAAAGAAAUCAAGGAGAAGAAGGUCUUCCUCAGCCUCGUGGGUACCAAGGGUAUGGGCAUCAGCAUCUCCAGUGGUCCAACCCAGAAACCUGGCAUCUACAUCAGUAACGUCAAGCCAGGCUCUCUUUCUGCAGAAGUUGGACUUGAGAUUGGAGACCAGAUUGUGGAGGUGAACGGGGUGGAUUUCACCAACGCGGACCAUAAGGAGGCUGUGAGAGCCUUGAAGAGCAGCAGGAGUCUGACUAUUACCGUUCUGACAGGAGCUGGCAGAGAGCUGUUUAUGACAGAUGAGGAGCGGCUGGCAGUGGAGGCCCGCAGGGAGCUGGACAGGCAGGAGCUGAUGCAGCAGAAGAGGGUGGCACUGGAGACCAACAAAAUCAUUAAAGAGCAGCAGGAGAAGGAGAGGCAGAGACAGAUGGAGAUCUCUCAGAAAACUGCAGAGGAAGAGGAGCGCUAUAAGAAAGAGAUGGAGAAGAUUGAGGCUGUGGAGAGUAAGCACAACAGAGAGUGGGAGGAGGAUUGGGGAGCCCAAGACAGGCCCAAGAGUCCUAAGAGCCCCCACACUCCAAAAAGCCGAUCACCCGCCCCACCUGAGAAGAAAAACGCCUCCACUGCAAAGGCCAAGAGUUCUCCAUUUGGCUGGUUUUAUCGAUAUGAGGGAAAACUGCCGUCAAUUCACAAGAAAGGAGAAAAGAAAAAGAAAAAGAAGAAAAUGUCCAACACAGACACCCUGCAGGAGCAGAGAAAGAACAAGAAGGAGAUGGAGUUCGAGCUGAAACUCGCCAAGGAGAAAGAAGAGAUGCAUGAACGAGAGAAGCAACUGAAGAUCAAUCGGCUGGUUCAGGAGGUUUCUGAGACAGAAAGAGAAGACCUUGAGGAGUCGGAAAAAGUGCAACACUGGGUGGAGCGUCUUUGUCAGACUCGGUUGGAGCAGAUCUCCUGUGUGGAGAACGACUCCCCAGAGCCUCCGGAAAUGCUGAAACGGAUGGUGCCUUUCAACUCGUCUUUUAAAUCAAACAACAAACGACAAGGAUUUCAGAAAUACGAGGAAGAAUUUGAUCCCUACUCCAUGUUCUCCUCGGACCAGAUAGACGGGCGAGAUGUGAGACUGCUGAGAAUCAAAAAGGUUGGACAGCUUGAUGUUGUUCUGGAGGGAGGUGCUGACUCUCCAUUGGGGAAGUUGGUGGUGUCUUCUGUGUAUGAAGGUGGUGCUGCAGAUAAGCACGGUGGCAUCGUACCUGGGGAUGAACUUAUGGCUGUGAAUGGGAAGAUCCUGAUCGAUGCCACAUUGACUGAAGGACAAAACUCUCUGGCUCGAGCCUGGAGCAGUGGAGGGGACUGGAUCGAUGUUGUAAUCGCUGUUUCCCCUCCGAAAGAAUAUGAAGAUGAAGUGACGUUCUUCUAAUCUCAUCAACAGCCUGCCAAGAAAACCAAGAAGCUUUUUAUUGCUGAUGAUUCUUUCUGGAUUCACCGUCUUCUUGAUCACAAUAAAAUAACUCUCUUUCCUCUUCAUCGUCACAUUCACCUGUUAACAAACAAGCUGAAGAUGGUUUUCAGUUUUUACUUAUCAUUACCCUAGGCCAGUGGUCCUCCCUAGGGCUCGCCAAAGCUUAAUGGGGGGGUCGCGAGGCCUUCUUGAUUUUAAGGGGUGUAAGAAAACUCAGUAAGCCUGUAUCUCAGCAUUUGGUUCAAUUCUGUGAAGAAAUGUAAAUGUAAAGAAAAAAUUGUCAAAUAGCGCAAUGGCCAAGCGUCAAGGGCAAGAAAACACUGAAUCUGUCAAAAGAGAAGCCUAUUAAGUAUGUAUGAUUGUUUAAAUAAGAUACAAAUAAAA